AUGCUUUCCUUACCUUCCCUGCACCACGACGCGCUCAACUUGCACAUCCCGGCCAAGAUUCUACGACACACGUGGUUUGACGAGCUGUUCUACGGCUCUGCCAUGUCGCCCACGUCGAUUAAUAAUUGCAUAUUGCUGCUGAAUCUGCCGCCCAAAGCACUCGCUGGCAUCGACCUGCUUUCAUUCACAACUUCACCGCGCUUCCACGGGAUAAAAAAUGUUCCGCCGGGAUUGCACUUUGUCUUUGCGGCAAGCGAUACUACCCUGUCCGUGAGACACGGCGCGUGGCUGUAUGUUAGCCCCGGUCUGGGCUCGCCACAAGUCUUCGUCAAGAAAUGGGACGAGAGCACAGAGGAUCUGGUAGCCGAGACCGCACAGGCUGAGGUGCUGCGCUGGAAAGCGAAUCUGGGGAGCAUCUGGAAAGACGGCCUCACGCCGUAUCGGCAAACGGUGCAGGAGGGCGAUUCCGGAGCUGAGGAGGGCUGGGCUGAGGAAUCGAAUGACUGGAAUAAUCUUACCUCGCGCAUCACACCGACUCUCCUCUCGCGGAUAUGCGGCCUCAAUCCGGAUCACUGGAGUUUGACGUCGGCGUCGUCGGCGUCGCAGGAUCUGGAGCAGAUACCGGGCUUGGAGUCGAGUAACAGCACGUUGCAUCCAGAGAAAGAGUUGAGGUUUCUGCCCAUUGAUCUGAAGAAGACCUGGCGGGAAGGCGCAACGGGACGAGAAAGGACAGAUGCAGCGCAAGACCGAUCAUGGUUCCUGGGAGAUCUCGUAGACCACCAUUGUCAAGCAAGCGACAAGCGAGGACGCGAGUUCGAGAUACUGGGCGAGCUGCAAUUCGCUUUCCUAAUGGUCUUGACGCUGAACAACAAUUCCUGUCUCGAGCAAUGGAAGCGCAUACUCCAGUUGCUCUUCACAUGCCGACAAGCUAUCCAAGACCGGUCAAGUUUCUUCCUCGAACUGCUCAAAGUCCUGCGCACACAACUCGCGCACUGCUCUGACACCACCGACGCCGGCCUCUUCGACAUGAACGAAGUCGGCGGCGGCUUCCUCCGCCCGCUCUUCACGCGCUUCCGCAAGAACCUCGACGACUUCGACGGAAAGUGGAAAUCCGAUCUCGUCGACGAACUCGAAGACCUGCAAGACCACCUGAAAGAAACCUUCGGCUGGGAGCUCGAUAACGCCUAUCUCAAGCGCGGCCUGCUCGAGCUUGAAGACGGCGAGCGUGUGGAGAUGGAUGUCAAUGGUGCAGAUGAGGACGACGAGUUGGGCGACUUCGCACCCAUGGUGGUGGAGUUGACGCCGCAGCAACUCAAGCUAAUGAGCGGCGGCGGCAACGAGACGGAAUCUGAAGAGGAGGCUGAUUUGGAGGACAUGGAUACGCGAUAUUGA